GGGGAGGAGGGAGCUGUGCCGGCCGGGCGUGAACCUCAAUCCAAGGAGAGCACAAACUUCCCGGCCUGGGGGGCGUUAGGGGUACCUCGCAUGGUGAGAAGCAGGUCCUGCUCACAGGCUGAAACCCCAAAUACGCCUAGAACCCCCCCUCUAUGUGAGGGGGGUCCCAAGAGAGACGGAAGCCUAGAAGUAUCCCCUUGGGGGUUAGAACAAGACAGAUGGGCAGCACCAAGAGCAAGCCGCGAGAGGGGGGACCCAGGAGCCGAAGUCUGGAUAUAGCCGAGGGGAACCCCAACAACCCGUUUACCUCCCUCUCUGCUUCUCAGACCCCCAGCAAGAGUUUGGAUUCCCACCGCCCCCCUGCGCAGCCAUUUGGGGGUAACUGCGACCUUACACCAUUUGGAGGGGUGAAUUAUAAUGACACUAUCACCUCCCCUCAGAGGACCGGGCCGUUGUCAGGUGGAGUCACCACGUUUGUGGCCCUUUAUGAUUACGAGUCUCGCACGGAAACAGACUUGUCCUUUAAAAAGGGCGACCGUCUGCAGAUCGUCAACAAUACGAGGCCUGACAUCAGGGAAGGGGACUGGUGGCUGGCGCGUUCUCUGAGCUCCGGACACACCGGCUACAUCCCAAGCAACUACGUGGCCCCUUCCGACUCCAUUCAGGCCGAAGAAUGGUAUUUGGGAAAAAUAACGCGCAGGGAGUCGGAGCGGCUGCUGCUGAACCAAGAGAACCCCCGGGGGACGUUCCUGGUGCGAGAGAGCGAGACCACCAAAGGUGCGUACUGCCUGUCCGUCUCCGACUACGAUCCGAACCGCGGUUUGAACGUCAAACAUUACAAGAUCCGGAAGCUGGACAGCGGCGGCUUUUACAUCACGUCCCGCACGCAGUUCAACAACCUGCAGCAACUGGUGGCCUACUACAGCAAGCAUGCAGAUGGCUUGUGCCACCGCCUGACCAACGUAUGUCCCACCUCGAAGCCUCAGACUCAGGGACUGUCCAAAGAUGCCUGGGAGAUUCCACGAGAUUCCCUGCGACUUGAGCUCAAGCUGGGACAGGGUUGCUUUGGAGAGGUGUGGAUGGGUACAUGGAAUGGGACCACUCGGGUUGCUAUUAAGACGCUUAAGCCGGGCACCAUGUCCCCCGAGGCUUUCCUGCAAGAGGCACAAGUCAUGAAGAAAUUACGGCAUGAGAAGCUAGUUCAGCUGUACGCAGUCGUAUCGGAGGAGCCGAUCUACAUUGUGACUGAGUAUAUGAGCAAAGGCAGUCUACUAGACUUUCUAAAGGGCGACAUGGGCCGUUACCUUCGGCUUCCGCAACUGGUCGACAUGUCCGCCCAGAUUGCAUCUGGCAUGGCUUACGUAGAAAGGAUGAAUUAUGUGCACCGGGAUCUCAGGGCAGCAAAUAUUUUGGUUGGAGAGAACCUGGUGUGUAAAGUUGCGGACUUUGGGCUUGCUCGACUGAUUGAGGACAACGAGUACACGGCCCGGCAAGGUGCUAAGUUCCCAAUAAAAUGGACGGCCCCCGAGGCAGCUCUGUAUGGGAGAUUCACUAUUAAGUCAGAUGUCUGGUCCUUUGGGAUUCUCCUGACAGAGCUCACCACCAAAGGCAGAGUGCCGUAUCCUGGAAUGGUAAACCGUGAAGUCCUGGACCAAGUAGAGCGUGGGUACCGCAUGCCAUGUCCGCCAGAUUGCCCCGAGUCCCUGCAUGACCUAAUGUGCCAGUGCUGGAGAAAAGAUCCAGAGGAGAGACCAACAUUUGAAUACUUGCAGGCCUUCUUAGAGGACUAUUUCACUGCAACCGAGCCCCAAUACCAACCUGGAGACAACCUGUAGACGAGAGCAUGGAAUCUGGAGACAACCGGUUAAGCUGCAAGGCGCUUCUUUGACCACCUUCCCAACUGCCACAGGAUGAUUAAUUGGACUUAUUGGUACAAGCCCGUUCCUUCAGGGUUCUGAGGUGCGCUUCCUGUGUUCCGUAGACCGUCUUCUUUUGGCUUCCCUUUUACGAUGGGGGUAGGUAUGUGGCCUACUGCAUUCUGGUACUGAGGAUGCUGCUGCCGCCGGCCAUCCGCUCCCUCUCGCCGGAGGAGCCGAGUAACCCUGAUCUUCAGACACAGACGUCUUGCAGAAGCCCACCUUUUGAGACCCUGUACCAGAGACUUCUCUAUCCGAGUGACAUGUAAAUAAAGUGCUCAGGAGACCUGUCCUCGCUGUCCUGACCUAAUCUUC